UGAUAGUGCCCAUAUAUUCAGACUCACCAGCAGACGGCCAAGAGCAUUAUGGGAAACAAAAUGGCCACUCUGGAGAUGAAACCCCUGAAGAUACAAUGAGGUCAAAGCUGUUUGAUUUAAGCCCAGUGCUAGAACAAUCGCCAAAUAUGGACGGGAGUUUUACGAGAAGGAGUACAUCAAAUUUAUUAGAAGACAGCACCCGAAAAAAAUCGGCAUAUUCAGAUGUUGAACACGAUUUUAAUAGGGAUAGGAGUGAAAGUGAUUUUGAAGGAAACGUCAAUGGGGUAAGGAUUCUUAGAAAAUACCCAACUGCACCCCCAGGGCUUCGGCGUUGUCAGAGUUAUACAAACACGUCCUCACUACGCUCUAGUAACGACAUCUGGUGUCCAACGUCACCACAAAAGUCACUCGAAACAAGUCCACAGUCUGAUAGUGAACUAUUAUCUCCUCCAAAAAAACUCACACCUAAAAGUCCUGGAUUUUUACGUAAAGUUUUAUUACUUACAAAAGCCACUGGAGCUCUAAGGAAAAAAUUCAGCCUUAGUAAAACAGAUAUUUCAAAAGAUAUUGACUCAGAGAAAGACCAAAAUGGGAAAAAUUUACGACCAAAAAGUGUUCCAGCAGGGUACAUGCCAGAUAGUGAUGUGAAUUUAUCAGAUGUUUAUGAUCCUCAACGAGGGUCACAGUCAGAUUUGGCAUCCCCACUAAGAGGUGAUGGCUUACCCCCUCUCGCGAUGUUCAGUAGCGAUGAAGACAUUAUUGACAUUUCCGGGACUCCAAAAUUACGACGUAAUAAAACAGCCCCAGAGAUGAAUCUAUCAGAGCAUGUUAAUGAAAAUUUCAGUCAUCUUCCACCAAAAAGUCCUCGGAAAAAUUCAAAGGGGAAUUUAAAUAAUUCUGCAGCUUUAAGAAAGCUAAAACAGUCUCGUAAACAUUAUUCCGCGGAUCAAGCAGUGCUUGACCGCAUGUCAUCAAAUAGUGACCUUGACUCUGAUAGUCAAGGUCAAAUUGAAGGUCAUCAUUCCAGGACAUUUUCUCUAUCUGGUUCAAGCUCUGAAGACUUGAGUGUAUUAUGUGGAGCCUCCCUAAACCCUCACCAACUCAGGCGACCAUUACGUCCCACAAGUCCAAAACCUCGUCCUAGAUCAUCAGACGGAAUAUCUGAUAGUCUCGAACCAAACUCUAAUGUUGGAGCAGAUUACACGCACCUAUCUGGCUUGUCUGUGGAUAACCUUAACUUUACACCUGAUAUCAUGCUAAACAUUGAAGGCAAUCGGGAUUUGUUAAAUUUAGCCCCUCCGAGGCCAUAUUCACCUAAGCCUUAUACUAUGCCUUACAAAAUGGAUAAUUCUAAUGAAUGUGAAUCAACGAUGAUUCAGGAUGAGAAUGAGGCUGAUAAUAAUAACGGGAGCCAUGAUAGCGGGAUACAACAAGAUGGAGUUGCAUCUAGCACUGAGUCUUUGAAGAGUGUUGAAGCUAACGUUGUUCGACGUCCACAAACAGAAAUCAAAGAGAGGCCAAAGUCUGAUAUUGUCUCCGUGAAAUGGUCCGAUUCAGUGAAAGACCAGAUGACAUUAAAGCCCAAUGAGAGAAAGGGAAAGAUUCUACGUCAGAGAGCCAAAACUGAUUUAGGUGGACCAGAGGUGAUAUCAAAGGCACUCGCACAAUAUGAACAGGUGAACUCGGCCACGUCUCAGGAUUUUGACAACCUAGAACCUCUCCCAGAUUUCAAGCGGAAAACGAAGUCAACGAAGAAAGAGAACAGAAGACUCUCAACACCUCAUCCCAUUAAAGUCAGACAAGAAAGGACCCCUCCUACUAAACGCCAUAAUUUCAAGAGGCCCCUUGCACUAAAACGAUGUAACAGUGCGCCUGAUAUCAGGACGAAGCCAACUUUUAAUAAAGGGAACAUGUGCAAAGAUGACGUUGAUGUUGACGCCACUGUGACAUCACAAGUGGCUUAUAACAGCGACAACCCUGAUGUUUUUGAUUCGGAAGAUGAAACUAAAAGUUCAUCAUCUAAUACAGUGCCGCAAUCUGUUGAUCAGAAAUUUGAUGUGGAUACUCUUAACUAUGCUGAGGCAUUAUGGGACCAUGUUACCAUGGAUACAGAGGAAUUGUGUUUCCGUGCUGGUGAUGUCAUCACAGUGACGGACAUGUCUGACAAGGACUGGUGGUGGGGUGGAAUAGAAGACCGCGAGGGGUGGUUCCCGGCAGCAUUUGUUAGGAUACGCGUGAAUCAGGAAGACACGACUGAAGACAUCGUCCAGAAAGUCAGAGAUGGCGUUAUAGACCAGAAAACUGCGAUGCGACGCUACAGCGUUAGUUUCCUCAGUAAGGAUCAAGCACGAGCCAAUGUUGUCAAUGAAAUUAUCAAUGCCGAGAGGGAAUAUGUCAAACACCUUCGGGAUGUCGUUGAGGGAUACAUUCGUCCAUCUAAGAAUAGAGCAGAUAUGUUUUCCGAGGAGAUCAUCAAUACCAUAUAUGGAAAUACGGAGGAGAUUUACGCAUUUGCGACAGAGUUUCUGGAAGAUUUGGAUGCUUGCAUAGACCCCUCGUACCCACAUCUCAGCCAGAUUGGCCAAGUCUUCCUAAAACAUAGACAUGGUUUUGAGAUUUACUCCCACUAUUGCAACAACCACCCACAGGGCUGUGAACAACUCAAAAACCUUCGCAAAAAUGAAAAAUAUCAGCAAUUCUUUGAGGCGUGUCGUCUUCUCCAGCAGAUGAUUCAGAUUCCACUUGAGGGCUUUAUGUUGACCCCUGUACAAAAGAUCUGUAAAUAUCCUCUACAGCUUCAAGAGUUGUUGAAAUAUACACGUGCUGAACAUAGGGACUAUAAAAAGGUAAAAGAAGCUCACACUGCUAUGAAAGACAUCGCAGUUCUAAUUAACGAGAGGAAACGGAAGAUUGAGAGCAUAGAAAAAUUGGCCAUCUGGCAACAAACUGUCGAGGAUUGGGAUGGUCCUGGCAUACUAGAGACAAGCUGUGAACUGAUCUACACAGGAGAACUUCACAAAGUCAACUCUAGUGGAUGGUCUCAAGAGAGAAUGUUCUUCCUUUUUGAUCACACACUUAUUUACACUAAAAAGGAUGUGAUUUGGCGCAAUGGGCUGUCUUACAAGGGGCGUAUUGAUAUGGACUCGUGUGAAAUAGUUCCCAUAGAUGAUGGAAAAGAUUCGCAGUUCAACACUUCCGUGAAACACGGCUGGAAGAUACAUGACAAACAGAAAGACAAAUGGUACCUUAUUUACGGAAAAUCAGCCGAAGAGAAAACAAGAUGGCUGCGAGCAUUCCACGAUGAGAGAAACCGCGUUAAAAAUGAAGGAGAACGGGAAAAUGCGCUGCUGAGGGCUGAAAAGGACAAGAUUCUCCUCAAUAUGUCAAAGUCCAAGUCUGCAUCAGGUCAAGACAGACCUAAAGGUAAAGCUUCCAUCGAGACAUCUUACUCAGAACAGCAAUCCCUUAUAAGGAAUUUUCCAUCACACGCAACAUUGCCAAGAGGAGUAUAUCGAGAAGAACUUGUUUCCGGGGAUGGAUCAAAAAAGAAGUGGUUCGGCUCAUGGAAUAAGAAAAAUCGAAAUGCAAAACGAUGAUAAUAAAAUCAAGAAUAUAAUUAAUAUUAAAAUUACAUUGAUUACCCCAGUGUAAUGUUGUGAUAAUUGAUGUGAUUGGCUUAUUAAAAAUUCGAUCCCGACACCUGCAUCCAAUCUUUAAAGAUAAAUGCAAGGAAUUACUUUAUGACGAGGGAUCUUCAAGGAG